GGUUUAGAGGAAGCGGAAGUGUCAGAGCAGGCGGAAGUGGUACUGCCCUGAAUACCCUGAGCAGCGAGCAGAGGACGGCUUGAUACACUCCGAUCGUUCAGCGAAUAAAUUCGGGAUUCGUAGUACGCUCUAAAUCCUAAAAAUGGAUAAGAACGACCUGGUGCAGAAAGCCAAGCUGGCAGAGCAGGCCGAACGCUACGACGACAUGGCGGCUGCCAUGAAAGCCGUGACGGAGCAGGGCCUGGAGCUCAGCAAUGAGGAACGCAACCUGCUCUCUGUCGCCUACAAGAAUGUGGUGGGAGCCCGCCGUUCAUCCUGGCGCGUCAUCUCCAGCAUUGAGCAGAAGACGGAGGGGUGCGAGAAGAAACAGCAGAUGGCCCGUGAAUACCGCGUGAAGAUCGAGUCUGAACUCCAAGAAAUCUGCCACGAUGUGCUGAAUCUGCUCGACAAAUUCCUCAUUCCCAAUGCAUCUCAGGCGGAGAGCAAGGUGUUCUACCUCAAAAUGAAAGGAGACUACUUCAGAUACCUGUCGGAGGUGGCUUCUGGGGACUCAAAGAAGGACACGGUGGAGAACUCUCAGCAGGCCUACCAGCAAGCCUUCGACAUCAGCAAGAAGGACAUGCAGCCAACACACCCCAUCCGGCUGGGCUUGGCCCUCAACUUCUCCGUCUUCUACUACGAAAUCCUCAACUCGCCCGAGCAGGCCUGCGCUCUGGCCAAGCAGGCUUUCGAUGAGGCAAUCGCCGAGCUCGACACCUUGAACGAGGACUCCUACAAAGACAGCACGCUGAUCAUGCAGCUACUAAGGGACAACCUGACUCUGUGGACAUCAGAAAACCAGGGAGAUGAGGGUGAAACCGGCGAUGGAGAGAACUAGAGCGCACUUCACUGUUAACCCAUCCCCACUCUCUUCCUCCUUUUAUCUCUCUUCCUCUUUCUUCUCUUCUUCUCUCUUCGUACACAUAAAAAGCCCGUUCAUUCCCUCGUCCCACUUUUUCGAGCCCAGCCUCCCGACUUCCCUUCUGUAUAACCAACAGCAUGAAUAGUACCUGACCUUCACAAACGGAUAUUUAAAACAAAACAAAGGAGGGGGGAUAAAAGACAAACUACUCCAUCACCCCACCAUCCCUCCUCCCACCCCCACCCCCUUUGAUUAUGGCACUCCAAGGCAGGCCAGCAGACUAAAACCACUGGCCAGUCCAGUCUUAUAGCACGCAGGGAGGGUUUUAUCCAAAACCACAAAAUAAAUGAAUAUCUUUUAGAGGCCACUUUCCCCCGUUUUUACCCUCCUUGUUUAAUCUUUCUCCUCCAUUCCUUCUGUUCUUCCCUCACUCCUCUUCCCUCCUUCCUAACAUCUCAGUAUGUUCUCGCACCCUCUUCCCUCCCUCCCUCCCUCCUCUCUCUAGAGAGUUAAUGCAUUUAUAUAGUUGUCUAUCCCUUCUCUUUUGGCUUUUCUUAGUGUACUGGCGAAUGGCUGGUUUUAUUCCACUUUAAACAAAACGAAAAAGGUUAUUAAACUGUCCGUUUAUUUUCAACGAACACUGUGAUGCUUAGUUUUUCCUCCACCUGUGCCACCAGAUCCUUGUUUGGUGGCAAAACAAUAUUCAGCUCGGGAGGGUGUGUGUUUGAACAGCAGUGCAAUUCUGCUGAGGUCUAUACAGAAGGGUCCUCCUACAAGGCUGUAUUGUGACACUGACAAAUUUAAAAACAACAAACAAAAGUGUUCUACCUGCUGUGUAAUCAAACACUCACUGUUUUCUAUUUUGUUUUCUAACCAUGACCCGAGUUUUAUUUGACAUCAUUCUACAUAUUUCAUAGUUCAGAGCUAAAACUAAUUUGAAAAAUGAUUAAAAGCUUUAAAAAACAAAAAGCAUACAUUCCAUCUUAAUGUUUGAGAAGAUUUGACAUUUUCACAACAAAUUGGGACCUACCUGCUUCCUUGGAUCCACCUCCUGUCAAGGCGCUGUCAAACAUCAGUACAGCCAUUCCUAAGGUUGUUCGUUUCCCUUUUGCGAUUGCUUUUCUCUCCUUUUUUUUUAUUUUUUUUGGUGUGCGUUUGUGUAUAACCAAAUCAAACCCUUCUUUCCGGUUUUUGAAAACUGUAAAAUUGUAAAACAUUUUUAGAGCUUAACUGUAAAUCUGUCUUUUGGAAAACUAAACGGUUUGUCGAUGUUGUUCGUUAACACCUGCUUGCAAUGAAAACCUUGAAGCCGUUACAGUCAGCUGCUGUUUUAUGCUUUGGCAUUUUUGACGAUCUUAUUUUUGGUACUUUUCCCCCCCUCUUCCUCCCCCAACCUCUUACUCCCCUUAACUGCUUGCACUGACAAGUCUAGAAAAGUCCACUUGCUGCUGAAUGGUGUGAUCUGCCAACAAAAAUGCAUGUCGUCAUCGCCAUGUAAAUCAAUUCACAAGCAUCAAGUGGGGAAUUGUACCUUCUGUAAAUCAACACUUAAACUUCCUGCUUCCUCAUUUCCAAACUAUAAACUGUUUUUCCAGUGACCUGAUAGAAAGACUUGUCAAACUCAGAGAAAGGUGUAACCAAAACCAUCAGUUUGAUUCAGUACUUUUUGCAAACUGAGGCCUUUUUUGGUCAAAUCCAGCUAACUUAUAUAAACAGUCAAUCUCACGUCAGGGGAAAAAAGAAGGAAGCAGUGAUUUUAAGUGUUGCCGUUGGUGCAGUUUCGGUCCACAACAGGUACGUGCGUUAAAGGAGCCAAAUCUCCCGGCAGCCGAUCAGCCAAUCAUCUGUUUGUGGAAGUGAGAACCUGUAGUUUGGAUCACGGUUAAUGUAUUCAGGCUAGAGCUGAUAAACAUACUUGCGUGUUGAGUUGACUUUUGGAUUAUCUAUCGAAUGCAUUUAGAAAAGAGAGACCACUCGAUCAACGGUACAUUUUCGGGUUUAUUUUCGGAUCGGAUCUUUUCCAGUGUGAAUAUUUGAACUGGCAGAAAUUGGGCUUCUUGUGAUUUCUCAUUUUAGACUACGCCCCGUCAGUAGCAAGAUGUUCAAAAGCAAUUCAAAUUCCUAAAAUCUUGUCCCAAAUUUUAAGAAAUAUCAUUAACUUUUUCUUCCAAAGUAGAAAUAGUAAAAUUUUUCUUUCUUCUCCACUCAGUGUCACAAUAACCUUGUCAUUACCAUUUCGACAUUCCACUCUAUAGGUGUAGAAAAGUCAUUUGUCUGUUUUUUUUUUUGUUCUGUUUUUUUGCUGGGGACAAUUGUUUUCAUGCACUGAAGUUGAAAAAAAUAUUCCUCCCUGCCGCUCUUUUUCUCGUUAGCUGAACAAAAAGGCAGUUAUUCUACGCUUUAUAAGGAAAAAAAUGAUCCCAUGCAGUAGUGAAUGUGGCACCGAGCCUGUCUGUAUAUCUGGUAUCUCAAAUCAUUUUGUUUUUACUGACCAGUAUUCUGCUUAAAAUAAAAAUGGAAAAAAAAAUAACCCAAAAAAACAACAAAAAAGUUUGCUUCUGUGACGGUUUUAUUGCUUAGCGCGCACGUGGUUGUGAAAAUUUAGACUUAGCUUAAGGACAUCAAUAAAAAAUGAGAAAAUGACACAAAAAAAUCCCUCAACACCUCCCCCUCCCCACCGUGGUUGACGUAAUACUAGAUUUGUGUAUGUCUUUUAAAAAAAUUCCAACUAGUUUCACCUUACAUGUUAUAAACAGGACAAAAUGUAAAAGACAAUUUAAAGUGAAAUAAAGGUUUUAUCAGUUCCGAA